AUGACGGAGGCGGCGGCUACCCAACCGCACGUCAACUGGUCCCAAGACCCUGUUUUAAACGAAUCUCCCCCGAACAGCCCUCUGAUGAAGGAGUCAGAACUGCGAGCAUCAUUGUCACGGAGUCCACCACCCCAAAACUCUUUUCCACCGCCCUGCUUUGUCACGGACGACGACGGCCUCUAUGACACGUCCACGGGUCAGAUACACCCCGGAGAUGCCUUUCUCAUCCAGCAGUUGGACAACAAUCGCAAUGCUGCCAUUGCCCAGAAUGCGGCUGUGACACCCCUGCCACCGAUACGUUCGGCCAGUAGUGAAUGCGACAGGGAGCCUUUAUAUCGACAAGAGCCAACACAACAGACCCCACCUAACGGUCAUUCAAAGCCCAAAGAGCAACCAUCCACAAACCCCAGAAGCCUCGAGCAUCUCGCAGCAAACGCAUUAAAACGUGUUGUGGUAGAACCCCGGAUAAAGCUUGAAUCACCCCUUACCAAGGACAUAUCGACGUCGACGUUUCAUCUAUCGAUCCACGAUAAGGAGAGCGAUCCGGUCAAUUCUGCUGCCAACGACUUCUCCGCGUUUCGGAAAGAGAAUGCCAAGAUUGACAAUCUUUCCCCUCCACCGGUCUUGACUCCUGACAGCGCCGGGUUGCCACCGAUUUCUCCGAGGCCCUCAGAUGCUACCAGUCAAACUCUUCCAUCAAUCAGAACGACAUUUGGUGACAUGAACCUUUUGCUAAACGGCCAAGGGCUGCGUAGUGGUCCCGGAUCGGCCUCGAGUCCAGGCUAUACGACAUCGCUACAUCCCCAUCCGUUUCCCCGGUUAGCUAGUAACCACGGCAAGGCUCCAAUUUCCCCCCCUGAUAGUUACCAAGCAUCCCCACAGGCUCUUCUUAUCACGGGUUCAUACUUACCUACUGCAACAACACAUUUCCCGAAACAACUUACGGAGCAGGAGGCCAUCGAGGAACUUAAAACCCGAAAAAGAACCUCCACUAUUUCUAUCCCUAUCCCUCUCUCGCCCUCAUCAAUUCCACAUCAUGGACUCCCAGCUGAGUCGGCCAUUGCCCCGGCAUCUACUUACGUCUGCACGUUCGCUGGUUGUAAAGCGCCUCCAUUUCAAACGCAAUAUCUUUUAAAUUCCCACGCCAAUGUUCAUUCUUCGGCCCGUCCACACUACUGCCCAGUUCAAGGAUGUCCUCGAAGCGAGGGAGGGAAAGGUUUCAAACGUAAGAACGAAAUGAUUAGGCACGGCCUCGUUCACGACUCCCCCGGAUAUGUCUGUCCCUUUUGUCCAGACCGUGAUCACAGAUAUCCACGGCCGGAUAAUCUUCAGAGGCACGUCCGUGUACAUCACAGUGACAAAAAUAAGGAUGAUCCACAGUUGAGAAACGUACUUGCCCAACGCGCCGAUGGCCCCAACCGAGGGCGACGAAGACGUGGGAUGCCAUUAUAA